AUCAUAAAGGAGGUUUGAUAUUAUUUAUCAUCAAUGAUAAUGGAGGAGAUAGUAAAGCAAGAUUUGUUGUAGGCCGUGGAAAUGAUCCAUAUAUGACUGCUAAAGCAUGUAUGAAUUUUAUCAAUGAAAUUAAUGGAAUUAAUAGUGCCAAAACAACUAGUAGUAUUGAAACGAAAGAACGUUUUGAUUAUGAUCAUAUUGGAUAUUGUACUUAUAACGGAUUUGAAGGUAGAGGAAGCCAACAACUUAUCUUUGAUGCUCUAAGUUCUCUUGAUCAUAUUGGUGUGCAUAUUGGAUAUUUCAUAUUAGAUGAUGGCUGGCAACAAGUUAAUAAAAAUAGACAAUUACAAAAUUUUGAACCUAAA